AUGUUGGCUGACUUUGAGAUGUCCAAAAGAAAAUUUGAUGGGAAUGAUCAACUGAUAGUAAAGUUUCCUGAGCGUCUUUAUGAUAUAAUUUUAUAUGGAAACCAUGAAAGUAUCGAUGAUGUGUUGCAGGAAGCUGGCUGCUCUGAAGACAUCAAAAUAGAACGCGGCAAAAUGCUUAUUUCAAAACACAAAGGACAAUGGAUAUUUGAUGAAAUAAUAGAUCAAGUUAUCGAAUUUCUUUUUAUAAUGCUUCAAGAUGCUGAGUAUAUAGUAUUAGUUGGCGGGUUUUCAGAGUCCAAAUACCUUCAAAAAAGAAUGAAAGCGGAAUUCGGGGAUAAAGUUGUAGCUCCAACAGAACCAAGAACUGCUGUUAUGAGAGGUGCCGUGUUGUUUGGUCAGAGUCCAGCCUCUAUACAAACAAGAGUAUCAAAGUAUACCUACGGUAUCGCAACUAUGGAACAUUUCAAGCCUGGAAUACAUUCAGAAAAUAAGCGUAUCGUGAUUAAUGGGCAUGAGUAUUGCGAUGAUAUCUUUGAAAAAAUUGUCACCAUUGGACAAGAGAUAACUGUCCGACAAAACAUGAAAGAGAUGACCUAUCAUCCAACUAUAGAUGAUCAGGCGCAUUUUGUCCUGCAAGUGUUCGCGAGCUCUACUGAGAACCCCAAGUACGUGACAGAUGAAGACUGUCAGCAGAUCGGCUUGUUGCUUGUGGAAAUAGACACAGGGGGCAACAGAGACUUUGAAAUUAAAGUAAAACUAAUAUUUGGUGGAACCGAGAUACAGGUGGAAGUCCGGGAUGGACACGGAAACUUGAUUAAAAACGCGAGGAUGGACUUCUUAGACUAG